AUGUUAGCUCGGCAACUUGUUCUGCGACGAACAGCUCUCUCCCAGACCAGACCGGCGACUCAACGAGUAAUCGCUUGCCAGAUCCGACCUCUGGGAAGACAAAUAUCUUUCCUUCCCUGGCGUCAAAAGAAAUCCGAACCAAUACCAGUUUAUUUCGCCAACCCCAGUGAUUCAGGUCAAAAUGGUUCGAAGUACGACAAGCGUACAGGGGCGCUUAUAAGUCGAAUGAGACGGUAUAAAUACGGAGUACGAAUUCGCCGGGCGAUUUUUACGACCAUCAUACUCUACGCCUGUUGGCAAAUCUUCAUCACAGUUGUGUUCGAUCCCAUAUUCGAUUGGGCUGAUGCAGAAUGGGAGGCACUGUCAGAUAAGGAGAAGGAGGAAGCAGAAGCUGAUCACGACCCUGACGAGCCACUUCUAUUCCUCCCGUUCCCUUUCACAACGAAAGAAGUCAAGCAACCCCCAUAUCGAGGCUCAGACCCUGAGUGGCAAACGUUUGUUAAGGUUAGCCAGGACAAGAAGCUCUUGCAGGACAUUAAAUUUGGUUUGGCAAAUGAGAUUAAACGCGGCGUUGAGAAAAACCCUGCGUUUAACAAGCUGCUUGGUGGGGAAGUCGCCGUAAGGAAGUUCUGGCUGGAUAUCAUUUUCCCACCUGCCCCUCCACCGAUGCACUACGUCUCAGGGAUUAUGAUUGACGAGGAUGGUGUCUUCUGGGGUGAUCGACCUAUUGACUCUAUUGCCGCCAGCUUCCUCGCCAAGGCUCUCUACCCUAAGGCUCUUGCAAUGGGAUGCUGGACUUUCGUAAGCUACUUGACGAAGCAGGUGGCACAGGAUAUUGCGAAAUCCGUCGGUUUAAGUGAACCUGACCCUCCAGAGUCUGGUUGGCAGCAUGUGCCAGUGAGUGGCCUACCCGGAACAAUGCCACAGCCAAUCCCCAGGACAGCGACUCAACACGAUGCUAAAACGCGUCUUCCCACCCCUCUACCACCUGUGUUCAAUGAUAUCCUCGGUGCUGCAUUUGGUCCAGAGGCGAAGCUCGAUCCUCGCCUCCAAGCUGCUAGUCUCGCUGGCGCUUUUGCCUUCCUGCGACACUGGAAACCUACCAGAAGUUUGCCAUCCAGAGGUUGCAUCAGAGUUGAUGGCAUCGUCGAAUUGAAGGGAAAGACGGCAGUCAUGGCUGUUCUUGUGGCGGGCUACUAUGAUCCCAAGACACGUCAGUACGUGGCUGUUCAAACUCGGCUCAAGCAUUUGAUGCAGUUGAAGCAACGGCCUGCGCCCGGUUAG